AUGGCCAGAAUUGAACUGCUACUUGCUGUGAUCGCCUUUAUUAACCAGUGCUUUGCUGAAACUUCAGUCGCUGUAACCACUUCAUUGGGCCAAGUAACUGGUUAUGUGGCGAAUUUUGGAGACGACACUGCUCAGUUGUAUCACGGCCGAGCGGAUGUGUUCCUUGGUGUUCCGUAUGCGCAGCCUCCAGUUGGUGCAUUACGAUUCAAGAAACCUCAACCAAUAGCAAAUUUGCAAGGUGUCUACAAUUCCCAGCCAAAAGUAUGUCCUCAGCUACGCAAGAAAGCCGACGAAAUGAGUGAGGAUUGCCUCAAAUUGAACAUCUUCUCACCAAACGUUUCAGCAACUGUGAAAUAUCCCGUCAUGUUGUGGAUUCACGGUGGUUCAUUCAUGAGUGGGGCAGCUAGUGAUUAUAACGUUGACGGUGUUGUCAGCAAUUUCGUUUCACAUGAUGUUGUUGUUGUGGUUAUUCAGUAUCGACUCGGUGCUUUGGGUUUCUUCACGACCCAAAGCGAUGAAUUCCCAGCCAAUUUGGGUAUGCUUGAUCAGGUGGAGGCAAUCAAAUUCGUUAGACAGCAUAUCGACAAAUUCGGUGGUGAUGCCAACCGGUUGACCGUAUUCGGAUUUUCGGCAGCCUCUGCACAUACCUACUCGCCGCUCAGUCAAAGUCUUUUCCAACAAGCCAUUGUUCACUCGAAUCCCAUCAUGACCAGUUUGGAUGGUUAUUUUGGUCGAGAUAAAGUCAGCGAAAAAUUCGCCAAAGCAAUCUGCGACAUUGAUUUUCCAGCAAAAGGUGAAAAACUGACGAAACUCGAUCAAUGUUUGGCGCAAAAAAGCGUGCAGCAAAUGGUGGAUUUUGAUAAGACUGUUUUCGAAUGGAAAAUGAGCAUCGACAAUUACUUUUUGACUGGAAUGCCGAAUGAAACGUUCCAGCAACGACCAAAUAUUCCCGUAAUUAUGGGCAACUGCAAGGAUGAGUGGUCAUUCGUUGAUCUCUUCAAAAUGGCUCGCGGUAUGGCGACGCUGAACUCAUACGAUAAAACAUCAGUUGAAAAAACCUUGCUGGAACGCAGUGCGUAUUACGGACAAAACGCUCAGAAGGUCAUGGAGUUCGUAGUGGGAAAAUAUAAGCCAGAAGGCACAACUGAUAAUGAUCAUCUUGCGUGGCUCAAAAUCAAGAGCAAUGUUCUUACCGCAGCCGGUUUUACCAGUGUGAUGGCUUUGGAUGCCAGUUAUUAUAUUCAAAAUCAAAAUCCUAAUGUAUUCAUGUACGAAUUCGAUUACUCAUCAGCUGUUGGUCGGAAAUACGAAGUUCCUGGCUGGAAACCCGUGCCCCACUAUGCGGAAAUACCGCUGUUGUGGAAACAAAAUUCUGCAUGGACGAAGGCAAAAGCCGGUGUCGUUCCUGCAGAUUAUGAGGUUGCCAACCACCUCGGAGAAAUGUGGACCACCUUCGCCAAAACUGGUUUCAAAUGUGAUCGAACUGAAAAUUGUCCAGUCUGGACUGCAGUCCCUGUGGGUCAGGACAAGAUGCCGUACAAUUCGAUUGAUCAGCAACAAAGCAUGCAGGCUGACUUUCGUCAGAAGGAUAGGGAAGUAUUCCUCAAGGAAGUACCGAAUCUCCUUUAA